GUGGGCAGACAGGUUGGGCCACAUUCUCCCAAGAGGCUGCCUGGAUGCAGCAGCACUCAAAGAAGCAAACCUGGAGUUUUACAAGUCUGAGAUUGUCCUGCUUCCUUGGAGGUGAAGCAGAGGCAGCCUUGGAACUAUGAGAAUCCCGCUUUUUCAUUUAUUUUGCAUCUCUGUGCUUCCAGUGAUUCACGGUGUCUUGGAAAGUAAACCUCAAAACCGAGGUACUGAGGACGGCACAUCAAUAACAUGUGGCCAGGUGAUUACAAAAACCAAAAACCGUAUUGUUGGGGGAGAAGACGCUACUCGGGGUGCCUGGCCAUGGCAAAUCAGCCUUCAGUACAAGGGGAAGCAUGCAUGUGGGGGGACGCUCAUCAGUCCUGAUUGGAUACUGACUGCAGCCCACUGUUUUCCAAGCAAUGUGAUGUUUUCUGACUAUCAAGUCAACCUGGGAAACUACCAGCUUUUGAAGCCAGAACCAAAUGCUCAGUGGGUGAAGCUUUCGAAGGUGAUUACACACAAGGCCUAUGCUGGGGAUGGGACCAGUGGUGAUAUAGCUCUAGCCCAGUUGAAACAUCCAAUCCACUUCACUGAAAGCAUCCUGCCAGCCUGCCUUCCAGAUGCUAUGGUCAAGUUCUCGAGUGGCACCUUUUGUUGGGUGACAGGAUGGGGAGCCACUUCAUACGGAGCUUCCCUUGGAGGGCCAAUGACAUUGCAACAGAUCAGGCUGCCCUUGAUAGACACAAUGAAGUGUGAUGAAAUGUACCAUGUUGGUACCACUAUUAACCCCAAAACCCGAGAGAUCCAGGAUGAUAUGAUCUGCGCUGGCUAUGCAACUGGAAAGAAAGACGCUUGCGUGGGUGACUCUGGUGGUCCCUUGGUCUGCCAAGACAAUGGUGCCUGGUAUGUGGCAGGCAUCGUGAGCUGGGGUGACAUGUGUGCCCUUCCCAACCGCCCAGGUGUCUACACCCUUGUCAGCUUCUAUGAGGACUGGAUAAAGAAACACUACCCCAGAGCCCAGUUUGGCCUCGUGAAUAUCACCUAUAACAAAGUUAGACCAUCUGGAUCUGCUUCCAGCCUGUUCCAUACAGACUUCAAUUUUUUUCUUCUGCUCACAGUCAUGUCCUUCACUGUGUUCCUUCUGAUAUAGAAGGAUAGUAGGACAUUCCAGUGUUUACCUCAUGGAGAUGAAGUGCUGUGGAAAGAGACACUUUCUAGUACCUUCCUUGACAAAUCAGUCUAGUUCUUUCUGAAUGGAUGGAUUCUGGAAAGUUCUUGAAAGUUCAAUUUUUUGUCAUCAUUGUCGUCAUCAGUGCAGUCAUCAAAACAUGGCCUUUAUAGACUUCAACCUCAAUGGAGAUGAGACUGGGAAGAUGUUUUUUAUUGUCUGAAGAUUAUUGGUAACACGGCGGCUUCUGCUGUUUUAUCAUAUUUCCUAGUUGACAUCUUAGAAGCCUAGUUCUUUUUAAAUGGAUUUUAGAAAGUUCUAGGCAGGUCUUUGUUUUGUCAUUAUUGUAACUGUUGCCAUUGUCAUUAUGGUCAUCACAAUCAUCACAACUUGGGCUUUUAUGGACUUACAGCCACACUGGAGGUGAGGCUAGGAAGAAUUUUUAUCCAUGAAGGAGCAGGACUUCUUCAUUUCAAAAACUGCCAUACAUCCCUUCACCUGUCUCCCCAGAAUUAUUCCCUUACAUUGGAAAUGGGGUUCUUGCCUUGUGCUCCAAAUGGUGCUACUCAUGUAAACUAGUGAAUAUAUGCAUAUUUGCACAA